GUACCUGCCUGACCCGAAUCGGGUGGUGCAGGUCUAGGUCAACCACCGAACCGUAGGACGGUUCAGUAUUAAAUAUGUUCAAUUUCACGAUGGAGCUGCUGCAGCUCAGUUGCGUAGGUCGGAGUAACGAGUUCACGUUCACCUUUGAAAAUGUCACCAAUCGUAAGAAUGUACCAACGGGCAGAGGUUUUAGUUGUUUCGUUAAGAGAAGUGCGUCGGAUCAGUGUUCCGAAGUUAUUCUAAAUAACGUGAGCGGGAAGUUUCGUUCGGGGAGACUCACGGCGAUUUUGGGACCCUCUGGAUCAGGAAAAUCGUCGUUGUUAAAUGUGCUCAGUGGAUUCAGAAAGACUGAAGGUGUUAUUAAACUCAAUGGUUAUACGCUAGCAGGAGCAAAACUUCGCAAAGCAGUGUCGUAUACAGAACAGGAAGUUUCCCUCUGGAGGAACCUUACUGUCGAAGAAUCUCUGCAGUACGCAUCCGAAUUCCAGCUUUCGCGUUCACUAUCACAAUCAUCUAAGCGGAUAAUAGUACUCGAAAUCAUCGAAACGCUUGGAUUGCAGAAAUGUUGCAACACAUUGGCACGAAAUCUUUCCGGCGGCGAGUACAAACGGCUGGCCAUGGCAAUCGAUUUGCUGUCAAACCCAAAAGUGAUGCUCCUGGAUGAGCCAACCAGUGGUUUGGACACGGUGGCGACGCAUCAAGUUGUGGCUCAGAUGAGGAAUUUAGCCCAGGAAGGGCGCAUCGUUGCUUGUGUGAUUCAUCAACCGAGCUCGGGCAUCCUCAGGAUGUUCGAUGAUGUGUUUCUUGUGUCCAGGGGAAGCUGUCUCUAUUGUGGCCCUCUGGAUGAACUGGUGCCACAUUUUGCAGCAUUCGGACUGGAGUGUCCUUUGUCCCACAACCCGGCAGAUUUCGCACUCGAAGUAGCCAGCAUGGAAAAUGACCAUCGCCUGGGAGAGCUGGUACGACAUCAGCAAACGAUAACUUCUACAAGUAUUGUCAGUGAAGGUAGAAGUUUGGACCUCAGACAUCGAAACAGUGAAUCAAAGCUGUCCCGGUUGAGCCAACUGAAGUUGCUGUUGUAUAGGACGGUUAUUUGUACCAUGCGAGAUCCGACUCAGAUGAAAGCGAAAACAGCCAUCAGUGUUUUUGUGGGACUACUCGUGGGGACAGUUUACUAUGAUAUCGGAAACAAUGCGGCUCGAAUUAUAUCGAACACAUCCUUCUUCCAAAUUGUCCUUCACACAAUCUUAUUUACAUCGAUUGGACCAGCUGCUGUCGCUUAUCCCCUAGAAUCGUCCGCCUUCAUUCGGGAAUACCGCAGCAACGCGUACUCUGUGUUUCCGUACUACCUCUCCAAAAUGAUCGUCGAAAUCCCAAUACUGCUGCUCAACACCACCAUCCUUGUGGCGAUGAUCUAUGUGAUGACCUCGCAACCGAUGGAAUUUUAUCGCGCCUUCUGGUUCUGGGUGAUAUGUUUGCUGUUCGGUUGGAUCUGCCAAAUGUGGGGCUUGAUCUUCGGAUGUUUCUUCAGGAUUCAAACAACGUUGUUCGUUGCCUCGAUGUCCACCAUUCCGGUGAUGCUUUUUUCCGGAUGUUUCAUAACAAUCGAUCAAAUGCCAGCGCCGCUAAGACCAUUGACGUAUGUGUCCUUCGAACGGUACGCUUUCGAGGGCUAUCUUCAUGUGCUGUAUGGACUCGGCCGAAAGGACAUGGACUGUCCGGAGAUUUUUUGCUACUACAAGAAACUGUCAAAAUUCCUGCAGUCACUCCAAAUGCCGGUCAUUGGACUGGAGUACGAUUUGCUCGGACUAAUUGUGUGGGCAGUGGCGAUGACUGCGCUAUUCUACUUCUGUCUCAGAAAUCGUGUGAAUGUUCAUAAUAAGUGAAUGUAAGUUUGUGUUUCCCCCGGAAACAAUCCCAGCAAUAAUCGUUACUAAACACCCAAAAUGUCCUCGAAUCAACGCACAUAAAAUUCAGAUUGCAACGGAAAAUCAUACUCAGCGCGAAUCCGCGGGGUAAAUGCAUUUUCAUGUUGCAGUUUUGUUAUUUAAUUAAA